AGCGACGGAAUAUAAAGAAAGAGAACUUCAGCUCAUGCCCUAGUUAAUCUCUCCGUCAUCCGCUUUCUAGCCGCGCGUUUCACUUCAUCCUUUUCGAUUGAGUUUGAGAAUGCGCAUCGUCAUUCGUCAUUGUACGAAUAUUCUAAUUCUUCAUUGCUUAAUCAACAUAUUUCCAAAUUUAGUAAUUAAACCUGAAGUCCGAAUGUGUCCCAAAUGCGGAGAGGGAGAGAGAAUGACGAAGUCGGGAGUAGAAGCAAAGGAAUCGAUGAUUGACGUUCUCCCACCCCCGUUUCCUUUCGGAAGGAAUAUUUCCCUUAUGUUUGUGAUAACGAGAGUUUGCCGAGAUAACCCGGUGAUGAAAGUGUUUCUUCAGAAAGUUAGAUGUUGGCAUUACAUUGCAUCAUGGCAGGCCAGCAUUACUGCCUGCGCUGGAAUAAUUAUCAAUCCAAUAUGACAUCGGUGUUCCAUCAACUUCUACGCAAUGAGGCGUUUGUUGAUGUUACUUUAGCAUGCAAUGACUCAUCCCUCAAGGCACAUAAGGUUGUGUUGUCUGCAUGUUCGUCGUACUUUCAGAAGCUGCUCCUAGAAAAUCCAUGCAAACAUCCAACAAUAAUUAUGCCACAGGAUGUAUGCUUUAGUGAUUUGAAGUUCAUUAUUGAGUUCGUUUAUCGUGGAGAGAUCGACGUGUCUCAAGCUGAAUUACAGUCACUGCUGAAAACUGCCGACCAGCUGAAGAUCAAGGGCUUGUGUGAGGUGCCUGAAGGAAGGGAAGGGAAUGCUGGUUGUGGAGCUGCUGAAGUAACGCCGCUUCCUAUCUUAUCACGGCGUUCAUUCACGAAGCUACGCCGGUUAUCUGGUACCAAACGCCAGCGCGGGCCAGACAUGGUGCGAAGAGCAAUCUUUAAAGAAUGUGACCAUAAUCACCACCUCCAACAGCAGCAGCAGUUGCAACCACAGCCUUUGUCAAGUGUUGGUACUCCCACUGGGACAUCUGUUCUUGAUCUUGGUGUAACAGAGCUGUCUGCUCGUCCAGAAGGCCAUGUUCCCGAAUGUGUCACCGUGGCAACGUCGACUGAAGAUGAUAGUCCUGAAGUGCCAGUUGUAGUACUGGAAAGUAAAGUGCCCCAGCAUCAGGUGUUAUGUGUUUCAUGGCAGUUGGGGAAUGGGGCUGUGCCGACAGCGGGGGUGAUGGCGCCCCACGGGGGGCUCUCGCAGCCACCACAGAUCGUAAUGGAAGGGACAAGCCACAGUUCCAGCAACGCAACAGAUGUGGACAUCCCCCCUGAGGCCCAGCCCCCCGCUCCGGCAGCCACACUAGUCAAAGACAUGGAUAUGAGCGAGUGCUCAGCCCAUGACAGAACCAGAGACUUAACAGACGUUUCUGUUGCAGAUACAUCAGAAGGUGCUAGAGAUGAGGAGAAUGUAAAGGUCAAGUUUGAGACAUUGCGAGCAAUGGAGCAAGCAGAAACAAUUGAUAUUGACAGUCACAUGUCUGAUAGGAGUCCCACCUACCAGAACCUCAAUGGUUCUGGUCUAUUGCAGCAAAGUGUGGGUGAAGAUGAACACACAAUGCACACCAUGAUGAUAACACCGGAACUCCUGGGGCUUAUACCAUCGUCAUCAGGUCAUUCAGAUGUGAGCAGUGAUGCUGGGAAAGGUGGACCAAAGACAUGGUCUCAAGAGGACAUGGAACAGGCUCUGGAUGCCCUGCGGAACCACAACAUGAGUUUAACUAAGGCGUCCGCAACUUACGGUAUUCCUUCCACCACGCUGUGGCAGCGAGCCCAUCGUAUGGGCAUUGACACACCCAAAAAGGAAGGCCCCACAAAAUCGUGGACAGAAGAAAAUCUUAACAAUGCACUGGAAGCGUUACGAACUGGAACAAUUUCUGCCAACAAAGCUAGUAAAGCGUAUGGUAUACCAAGCAGCACCCUGUACAAGAUAGCCCGUCGUGAGGGAAUCCGUUUAGCUGCACCGUUCAACGCAGCACCUACUACCUGGAGUCCAGAUGACCUGGAACGAGCUUUAGAAUCCAUCCGUUCAGGGGCCACAUCAGUCCAGAGAGCAUCAACAGAGUUUGGUAUCCCAACUGGAACAUUAUAUGGCCGUUGCAAGAGAGAAGGCAUAGAGCUGUCACGUUCAAAUCCAACUCCGUGGUCAGAAGACGCCAUGGGAGAGGCCCUGGAAGCUGUUCGUGUUGGACAUAUGAGUAUUAACCAAGCAGCCAUCCAUUAUAAUUUACCUUAUUCAUCUUUGUAUGGACGAUUCAAGAGAGGUAAGUAUGAAGCCGAAGGACACCAUCCAGAUGACGGGCCUUCUCCUCCACCUCCACCACCACCUCAAGUGAUGGUGGUACCAUACCAGCAGUCACCUCAACAGCAGCAGCAGCCGCCCCCACACAAUCAGCACCUCCCGCAGCAACCUCCACAACAUCAUUCACCUCAGCAGCACCCUAUGUACCAGCAACACAGCAAUAGUUGAGGGGUGCACAUAUGUGAUGAAGGUAAAUCGCCUCCUGCCUACCUUCUUCCAUCUUAGCUUCCAGAACGACAACAUACGCAUCUCAUCCCAGCGUGUGUCAGCUUGGUUGUUGGUGCACAGCUGAACUCAGAGUUGCAGGCUGUAGUGUGUUGUGUUGUGUCCUUGUGGAGACACUAACUGUUGGUUGGUAUGUACGAUUACCAGUAGUAUGCACAGAGUAAGUGUCAGCCAACUCAAGCAUCAGGAAGGGUUUGCUGUAAUCCAUGACUUUUUGUUCUUUACUUUUUUCUUCCCGGGGCACGCGGUAGCAUCGUUGGUUGAGGGUCUAUGCUACAAGCCCAGAAGGUUGCG